AUGUCAAGAAAAGAAGAUGAAGGGGACGAGUUAACGUCCAAGGAAAUCUUAAAAAGCUACCUUCUAAAAAGCAUAUAUCAAUUGAUAACGAAAAAGCAGUUUCAUGCACUUUUAAAUAAAAUAGCACACCAUAACGUGGAUGAUGAGACGGUUACUUGGUUACUAACUAUCAUCAAUGAUGAGAUUUUCAAGCGACAUGUCGCAGUUGUGAGGAGUAGCAUCGACAAUGUUGAAUUUGUUGAAGAUCCUGAAUCAAACAUUGACGAUUCUCGAGAAACAGUAGAAAUGAGUUCCGACGAGCUUUCAAAGUUGAUUGCAUCAAUGAUAGAAUUGGACCAAUCGGUAGACCAUGAAUUGAAAAUUUACAAGCAGAAAUCACAAACAGAUAUUAAAGAUCUUAAGCAACUCUCGAAAAAGAUCGAUUUGGAAGAGCCUAGUGACAUGGACAACUAUGAUUUGAAUAGGCUAACAGACGCGCUGGAAAACGUUAGGGAUUAUUUAACAGGAAAAAAAUGA